CUUUAGUCGGGUUCCUUAGCUUGCUUUGCGGAAGUGACAACAGACACAAUCGCAUUCAAUGAUGUGAGAGCAGCUCAGGGAGCAGACAUUUGAAAAAUGGUUGUUUUCCGGAACGACCCGUGCGGCAUUGUGUGCCUUUUUAUCACUUACUUUGUGGUACUUUACUCGGAUUACGUUGUGAUAGAAUGGCUUAUAAUUCCGACCAUGUUCGACAGUAUAUGGGGGGCCUUCCAUGGAUUGGUUUUCAACAUCAUUGUUUUCAUGAUCUUUCUGUCACAUCUCAGAGCCGUCUUGUCAGAUCCCGGUAUUGUUCCCCUGCCCAGCAUUAACCUGGACUUCUCCGGCAUGAAAGCCGGACAGGUACCCAAGAAAUUGGUCACAAAGGAUGGUAUCAGUUGGUCAAUUUGUCAAAAGUGUGAAGCCUACCGACCUCCACGGGCUCAUCACUGCCGGAUAUGCCGGCGAUGUAUACGUAAAAUGGAUCACCACUGUCCAUGGAUCAAUAACUGUGUCGGUGAAUUCAACCAAAAGUAUUUCAUACAGUUUCUAUUUUAUGUUGGUGUUGCAGGGUUGUAUGCCAUUAUGGUCACCGUUAUUUCCUGGACCUAUGACUGUCCCAUUUGUCAGAACAUGAUACACAAAAAUGCCAGAAUAGCACAUAGCAUCAUCUUAGUGGUUCUGUCCCUCCUUUUUGGUUUGUUUGUGAUAGCCAUUGGCUGUGAUCAGUUUCAAGCAAUAUUUGAGGAUGAAACUGCCGUGGAACAUGUGAAGAACAAAAGUGGCAGCGUGAAUGGUUACAGGAGCACCAAGGAUCAGAAAUCCAAAAUGAUGCUCCUUCAAGAAGUCUUCGGAAAAGGAUCUGUCUUCUCAUGGAUGUUGCCUUGGCGGUCUGCUCGUCGAGUUCCACUCACUCCACCUGUUGACUGGGAUGUAUGACAUGUCUUCUUCCAGACAUAGUCUUGCAGAUUGCCUCAUCUUUGUUACUUUUUUUUUAAUUUUUGUCAAAUACAUGAACACUGUUAAAAGAACCAGUUUUGAAAGUAAAGCGCCUGUCAAUUGAUGAAAAAGUCACGGAAUCGCUCGGCACGGAUUUGUGCUUAGCAGGGUUUCAAGCAAAAAAGCCAGGUGAGACAAUUCUAUUACUAAUGACAAGUUGCUUGGCUAAUUUUUGCAUCAUCCAUGUAGUUUGCAGCAAAUCCCUUUCGGGAGAUUUUGUAUCCCCUCAAACAAAUAUGAUCAGUUGGUUGCUAUUCGGACAAGAGGCCCCAAGAUCCCAGAAUCACAGUGAAGAUGCAACUAGCCUAAGAGCACUUUUCUGUCACUUUCUCGUGUAUGUAGUGGCCACAGAUUGAAUGUCAGGCUCCAACAGUUGCUUUGGAAAUAUAUCUGUGUCUUUGAACUCCCAUCAGUUAUGAGGGAAUGAUGGUACCAUCGUUUUACCAUGAAAUUAUAUUGACGGUUGCUAAUCUCACUCCUGAAGGCGUUAUUACUGUGAUGUCACUUCAGAUACAGGUGUACCCCUGUUACAUUGAGUCAGUAGAAAGCUCUGCCGAAAUUGAAGACCCUCACACAUGUUCCUUUUUAACUGUUUGGGUAGAAGUUAGUUUUUGAUUAGGUAGAAAGUAGUCUUGAAAAAAAUUUUGUGCCGAAGUGGUUACACCCCUGACAUUAUCCAUCACUUUGUGCUUGACAAAUAAACUGACCCUUUUUAAUGACACCAGAACUGAAAAUAUUGUGAAAGAGAGAAAAAUAUGGGUAUAAUAGAUUCCUUUAAAGCAUUGGUCUGGGAUGUGCACGAGGAGGCAUUGUAUGUAAUGCAUACAUUUGUAGGGACAGACUAUCUCCCUGUUCCCUCGUUUACAUCCUUGAUUGCCAUAGAUUAGAUUUCACUCUUUACUUAACAUGCCAAAUAUUUAAUGUAAUUAAGGGAUUGGAUGAUUAAGUCAAUAGAUUGAUUUCACAUUAGCGCCGUCUGCGCAUAUUUGAAUCGAAACCGAGGCUCUCCGUGUUUAACUUGACCGCGCGCGCCC